CUUCAUUGUCUGGCCUCUUCAUUGUUUAACCACCCACCAUGGAAGCUCUUCUUCGUGUUACAGACGCUGUCAAAUCCUUCAGAGAAACAAGGCUCUCUGCUCUUCGACCGCCCGGAGAGUUCUUUGAUUUUCAUCGAGUAUCAGGUCCCGCAGAUUUAAAUACUGCUACUCAGAGAAUAACGUACAACACUCGUUAUUUCUCAGGAAACUAUGUCUUGAUUAUUGGCGCUUUGUCUGUGUAUGCAGUAAUCAGCAACUACCUCCUUCUUUUCGCUCUCAUCUUUCUUAUCGGAGGAUUUAUCGCUAUAAACAAGUUCGCUCCCGAGCCUGUCCAAAUGGGUGAACAUACCAUUACUCAAAAACACCUAUAUGGUGUUCUUUUUGUCGUCGGCAUCCCACUCUUGUGGCUCGCAUCUCCGGUUAUGACCAUCUUUUGGCUCGUCGGGGCAUCGGCGAUAAUUGUUCUCGGUCACGCUGCUUUCAUGGAGCCAGGCAUCGAGAGCGAGUAUGCACAGGUGCAGGACACCGUUUAA